AUGAAGGUAACAGCCAUAUUUUUCCUCAGUGCCUUGGCCCUGUUGAGUUUGUCUGGUAACGCUAAAGCUGAUGUCCCAGGAACAAAGGCUGUAUGUAACAGCAAUGUGAAUGGAUGCACCAAGAUAUAUAACCCCAUCUGCGGGACUGAUGGGCAAACUUAUUCUAAUGAAUGCGAGUUAUGUAUGGAAAAUAAGAAGCGCGAGGUUCCUGUCCUCAUUAAAAAACAUGGGCCUUGCUGA